AUGAAGAACGGUCGUCCAGCUGAAUUAGAAAAGCAAUUAAAACCAAGAUUAGCAACAAUAUUAAAAUGCUUGAAUAUUCCAAUACCAUCGUCAUUCAAUAAAAAACAGCUAAUACAAUUAUUAUUAUUGAAUGAAAUUGAAGAGAAAGAUACGAGUCCUGGAGCUGAAAGUUCGCCUAAACCGUCCCAAACAACGGUAGCUGCUUCAGCUUCAUUCUCUCGACAGCAGACAAAAUUAGAUGAUUACUUGUUUUGUUUACAAGUAACACUGCGCAAGCAUGUACAGACCUUGAUAAGGCAGAAAUGUUCUCGGAAUUCUUUCAUAGUUGUUAUAAAAAACCUUCUUCUCCGUCUACUAGCAACACUAAUAUGCAGAAAAGUAACCAACGUUUUUUAAAUACAUUCCCAAGCAAAUAUCACCUAUGAGAAAAAUCUAGAUACAUUUCGUCUGUAAUCGGACGAUACCCGACUAGUUGUCAUCUAGAUUACUAGUUGGAAAAGGGACUUUUAACUAGAUGCGUCUGCAGGCGCAUCUAGCAAUAGUUGAAUCGAUCGAUUAUCGGGCGCUAAAUCAAUAGUUGCAACUAGAAAAAAUCUACUAAUCGCCCAAUUACUAGAUUUCCACGGUCGUUACACAGUAGUUGCAAUCGAGUAAAAAUCUAGUAAUCUAGAUGAAUCGGGCGAUGCUAGAUUUUUUUUUGACGCUUGGGUUUUUAUUUACUGUAGCGGAUGUAAACGAUAUGAUUACGAAGCUUAAAAACAAGAAAUCUGUAGGAAUCGAUGGUAUUGAUGUCCAGUUUUUAAAACUAUGCUCUGAAGUUAUUUCACCACAAUUACAUCA